AUGAUAACUUCCCGUUUCCACAAUUCAACUCUGUACGAGUUCCAGCUGAAACCGUACAAUCCGUUGCCACCGGUUCCACCGAAAUCGAUGUGGCAUCGGUUCAAACGGAUCAUCUACUUCAUACAAUUCUUGGUCAAAAGUAUCCCAAUUUGGAUAAAUCUGAUCAUCCGUUGGAUAUGGCCACCCCCACCCAAGUCCAUCGCCGGCUGGACCGCCCUGGUCACCGGAGGUUCCAACGGGAUUGGCCGCGGGGUUGCGUUGGAACUUGCCCGGAACGGCUGCAACGUGAUCAUCGCCGACUUGGAUGUGGUCAACGGGAAGAAAACGGUCAAGGAACUGCUCAAACUCGGUGUGAAAGCCGCCGUGUACAAAGUCGACGUGUCCGUUUACGAGGAGGUCGUAAAGCUCGGACGCAAAAUCGAAAGCGACUGCGGACCGGUGGACAUCCUGGUCAACAACGCUGGGAUCUUGUCUUUUUUAGUGGAUGACGAGUACACGCCGGAGAAUCUGCGACGAAUGGUGAACGUCAACUUGAUGAGCCACUUCUGGACCACGUCGACCCUCCUGCCAGGAAUGUACGCCCGUGGCCGCGGCCACAUCGUAGCGCUGUCCUCAGGAUCCGCCUACAUCCCCACGGGAUACUUGCGGAACUACGCCACCACCAAGUACGCCGUCCGCGGUUUCAUGGAGGAGCUGCACGACGAAAUCUACCACGCGGGGUUCGAGGGCCGCGUGGUGACCACGACCGUGUUCCCGUGGGUCAUCGGAACGCGCAAGGAGUCGAUUGAGAAGCUGCUUGCGUUGCCUGGAAACUCGGAACUGGACGUGACCACCCCGGAAGACGCUGGGCGGGUGAUUGUCCAAGGCAUUCGGAACAACACGAGGAAGAUGGACGUGCCGAACCUCACGUAUGUUUGGCCGUUGGCGUUGACGAGGUGA